GCUCAGAUCCGCAGGCAGCACCUCUACCGCCCAAGAUUCUUUCAGGACAAGAGUGCCCCCCUCCAGCCUUGUCAUCAUGCCGGUGAUUCUGGGCCUGCUACUGUGGAUCACUGUGGUUUCUGCAGAUCCUCCAGAACCAUGGGCCAAUGACUUAGAUCAAGUUCUUCACUAUGAGUGUCAGAGUCAUCAAAGCAUCAACUUAAUUAUCAGUGUCCAUGACAAUAAACGUGAGGAUCGUGUCUGGGAUUUUGCCUGUCAGGAUACCUUUAAUGAACCAAGAUCCUGUUACUGGACAGGUUAUGUCAAUGACUUUGACCAGGAGUUCACGUUUGCCUGUCCAUUUGGAAGUGUUCUAAGUGGAAUGGAUAGUUACCAUGAUAAUCGAAAAGAAGACAGGAGAUGGAGAUUCCUCUGCUGUCAAGGAGAGACGGCUGUUCAACAUAACUGCGAGUGGAGCGGCUACGUUAAUGACUUUGACAUGUACCUAAGAUGGGAUGCACCUCCAAACCAUUACCUAGUUGGGGCUCACAGUUACAAUGACAACAGCAAAGAGGACCGGCGCUGGAGCUACUACUCAUGUGAGAAGAACUAAACCAAAUCAACAUCACAUCAGAGCGUCUCCUGUGUUAUGUUCUUAUUACCAUUGUGAUACUGCCCGUACCCUGUAUAUGCCCUAUUUUGUAGUACUGUCUUGGACUUGUGUGCUUGAGAGACAAAAUCUGCUAUAAUCUGGAUAAAUUGACAUCUUAACCCUUUCAGCCCUUGAGUAUUUUUCGUUUUUGUGUUUACGUUUCUUUUUUACUCCCUGCCUUUCUGUGGCCAUAACUUUUUUUUUAUUUUUCUGUUCACAUAGCCGUAUGGGACUUGUAUUUUGCAGGACAAGCUGCAUUUUCUAAUUCCACCAUUUAAUAUUGCAUACGAUACAGUGGGAAGCUGGAAAAAAAAUUCAAACGGGAUUCCGCAACGGUUUUCUGGGUUGAGUUUUUACAGCGUUCGUUACACGGGAAAAAUGACCAGUUACUUUCAUUUUCCAGGUCAGUAUAAUUACAGUGAUACCACAUAUGUAUAGUUUUUCUUGCAUUUUUAUACUGAAAAAAAACAUGCAAAAU